AUGCCAGCUCCGGGCGUCACGAUCAAAGCACCGAACAGUCGCGAAUUCUUCCAACCGACUGGACUGUUCAUCAACAACGAAUGGGUCGAGACAACCACCAGCCAGAAGCUAGCCAGUAUCAAUCCGGCCACAGAGGAGGAAAUCUGCUCCGUCUCGACGGCCACAGCCGAGGAUGUCGAUAAAGCGGUUGCGGCGGCUCGCGCGGCCUUCGAGGGUCCCUGGAAAGCGACGGCAGGAACAGCUCGCGGACAAUUACUUCUGAAGCUCGCGGACUUGGUCGAGGCAGAGCAGGAAACGUUGGCGACCAUUGAAGCGAUGGACAGUGGCAAGCCAUACACGAAGGCGCUGGGCGACAUUGAAGAGACUUUCUCUGUGUUCAGAUACUACGGUGGUUGGGCAGACAAGAACUACGGCCAGACAAUCGAGACUGAACGGCAUAAGUUCACCUACACCGUGCGCGAACCAGUCGGUGUGUGCGGGCAGAUCAUCCCGUGGAAUUAUCCUCUGGCGAUGGCGGCGUGGAAACUCGGCCCCUGCCUGGCCUGUGGCAACACAACGAUCCUGAAGCCAGCGGAACAAACGCCUCUUUCGGCUCUGUAUCUCGCGAAUCUGAUCGUUAAAGCCGGAUUUCCGCCAGGAGUGGUCAAUAUUUUGAACGGGUUGGGCCGAGAGACGGGCUCAGCGAUUGUGGAACACGCCGGAAUCGACAAGAUCGCAUUCACGGGAAGCACGCUGACAGGAAAAGCGAUCAUGAAGUCAGCGGCCGCGACCAUGAAGAACAUCACACUGGAGACUGGGGGCAAAUCGCCCUUGAUCAUCUUCGACGACGCCGAUCUGAAGAACGCGGUCAAGUGGACGCAUUUCGGGAUCAUGGCGAACAUGGGACAGAUCUGCACCGCGACGUCGAGGGUCUUUGUGCACGAAAAGAUCCACGACAAGUUCCUCAAGCUGUUCGCCGCAUACACGGACAAGAUCUCGAUCGUCGGUGACCCCUUUGACCAAAAGACCUGGCACGGCCCACAGGUGUCCAAGGCCCAAUACGACAAGAUCCUGUCCUACGUGCAGAGUGCAAAGGACGAAGGGGCGGUGAUAGUCAAAGGUGGACAGACGGCUUCCAACCGGCCCAACGGCAAGGGAUUCUACAUCGAACCCACCGUCGUGAGCGGCGUCAGUCCGUCCAUGCGAGUUUACAAGGAGGAGAUCUUUGGGCCCUUUGUCACGUUCACCACUUUUACCGACGAAAAGGAAGUCCUCAACCUCGCGAAUGACACGACCUACGGUCUCGGCAGUGCGGUCUUCACCAACGAUGUCACCAGGGCCAUUCGUGUUGCCGGAGAGCUCCAGGCGGGUAUGGUGUGGAUCAAUUCGAGCAACAAUUCGGACUUGCGAGUCCCCUUUGGCGGCGUGAAGCAAUCAGGAAUUGGCCGGGAGCUCGGUCAGGCAGGGUUGGAAGCAUAUUCGGUGCUGAAGGCUGUCCAUCUCAAUUUAGUGUUCGCAAAUCCGGACAUAUAA